AUGACCUACUACCUUCUCUCUUUCCUCACCUUUUCCGUCUUCAUCUGCGGCACCGCGCUGUACCUCACGCGCUCCCGCUGGCUCCCUCUCAUCCCUCUCCCAGAGUACAUCUACCACCGACUUCCGUCGAGCUUCGCAGGCGACCUAGAAGCCGGCCUCAGCUCGUCGCAGUUCGAUCUCGCCGGGAACAUCGCCGACGGGGAUGCGCGCGGCGGACUCGACCACAGGGCCAAGCAGGAGGUGAAGAAGAUCAUGAAGCAGCGGAAAGUCGGCUUCGACGAGGCGCGUCGCAUCUACACGGAACAGCGGUUCGCCAAGAACAAUAUCGGGCCUGACGGCCGGCCGAGGGAUCCGAAGUUCGUGUCCUUCUCGUGA